AUGGCUUUGACACAAGACUCCGUCUUGUCUCUGCUGAUAUCGGAGGGAGGCAGAGUGAAGAAAUCCGACCUGGUGGGUAACUUCAAAGAUUCACUAAACUGCGACGAUCCAGAGGAGAAAGCGUGGAACCGGGAGCUUUUUAAGACUUUUGUCAACAACGUCGCCUACGUGAAAGAAAUCGACGGUGUCCGAUACGUUGUGGUGAAGAAAAUGUAUCAACACGUGCUUCAAAGUGCGGAAAAGACAGAAAAUAAAGAGAUCCAGCUGACAGGUGAGCAGCAGCGCCCACCUGCGAAGGCUGAAAGCUCAGAGGAUGCAGGAGAGCAGAGAUCAGCUGAUUGUGAGCCAAAUCAAGCAGGUCUACAGGCAAGUGAAUCUGAUGAAAAUCCUUCAGAAAUAUUGUCUCCUGUUCAGCUGGCACUACAAAGGAGCAAAAUGCAGGAUAUUGGUGUUAAAAGAGUGCUCAGUUUUGAGACCAAAAAGCUUAAAAAUUGCUCAAGAAAGGGCACAGAAAAUGAGUCCGCAAACAAACCGUGUGCCCUGCCUCUGAGACUGCCACCCAGUAUGACUCGAGUAGAGAUUCACAAAUUAAAGGUGGACCUGGAUGACCCUCCUGAGAGUCCCAAACUGGACCCAUUCAGGAGCAAGAGAAGGCCUUCAGUGGAGUCAAACAGCAGUAGUAUUGUUAGCUCUCCCCAGCUGAGGAGGGCAGUAAAGAGCACCAAGGCAUCAGAGGAAACCAGGUUGCCCUCCUUGGUUCCCCUGGAGCAUUCAGAGCAUGAAUGGCUGGUUAAAUGUGCAGCUGGACACUGGAGCCAGGUUUAUGGCCUGUUGCUGAGAGACAACCAGCUGGCAGAGAAGCGGGACUUCAUGUCAGGGUUCACUGCUCUGCACUGGGCGGCAAAAUGUGGGAACAGCGAUAUGCUUGUGAAGAUCAUUGACCUUUCCAGAAAAGGCGGGGUUGAUGUGGACAUUAACGCAAAAACAUAUGGUGGAUACACUCCCUUGCACAUUGCAGCUUUGCAUGACCAGGAGUACAUUCUGGCUAUGCUCGUGGGGGAGUUUGGGGCUGAUCCCAGCAUCCGGGACAACUGUGGGAAGAGGGCCUAUCACUAUCUACACAAAGGCAUCUCCAAGACACUGAGAGAGAUGCUGGGUGAGCCAAAAGUCCAGGAAAAGGUUCCAGAAAAGAUCCUGCAAGAGAGAGAAGAACAGGACCUGUUUCCAGAUCUCUCUAAGGGCUUCCAGUCAAUAAGCCGACUCUUCCAGCCUCACAUGACAGGCCAAAAGAAGAAGCACAAGCAAAGGCCGACAUUUUACUCCAUGAGUGACGAGCCCAGUGAGGAACAAGAGGACAGCAAUGGAUUCAGACACAGGAUGGUGUCAGAUGCUUUUAUGUAAACUCAGAACUCUGUCUAGUCAUAUUUGGCCCUGGAAUAGUGUGGCAUGCCAAAAGGCAGAGAACUGGCACAAACUUUUUAAAAAAACAGGACACCUUCCUGUUUGAUAUUUAUUUUUCUGACAUUUAUUGUGGGCAGACAAGUUUGGAAAUUAAUUCUUAAAAAUGAGUUUGGUUGUUUGGUGAAGGGGAUAAUCAAUGAAGAUAUAAAUCGCUGAAAUCAGGAGAAACCUUCUGUAACUGGUGAAAUCAGAGACAGACUUCUAAUGGAAAUUUGCCUUUAUUUUUUGUACCUAAAGGCUUCUUGUAAGGAUUUAAGUAGAAAAAUCUCCAGAAUCCAAAACGUCAAACAUUAGCAAAUCUUUUUUUUUCUUUUUAAUUUUUCUUGAAAUUAACCUUAUUUUUUUAAGACAUUGAAAGAAAAAUAAAGACUGAAUUGCUUGCUAUAAGUAAAAAUAUAUUGCAAUGAAAAAAGCAUUUUUGCUUAAGUGUGCUGAAAUUUCACAUACUAGUUUUAAUGUAGAAAAUUCAAUUGAAGACAUUAGAAAUUAAACCUACGUGCCUCAUUGGCAAAUACUUUAGUUUU